AUGAAGGGCGCGAAGGCCGGGAAGGAGGUGCAUGACGCCUUGGCGGAACUGUCCUCCGAGGCCGCCACGGGCGCCUCUUGCACGUCGUGGGGGCAUGCCCUCGCGUUCGACAUGCUGCAUCCGCACAUCGUGCGAGAGGCGCCGGACAUCCUCGGCAUGCCAGCUACGAUCGUGAAGAUCAUAGUCAGUAUCUGGAGCAACCAGCGCAGGCUCCUCCUUCUCGGCGGGCGCGGGCAUCGCCGCGCACAGCACGUCGGCGCGAGCAUCCCCCAUGGGGACCCGCGGAGCCCGAUGUGCCCCAGCGCGGUGCUGCUGGGGCCACUGCGGGGGGUGACGGCGACUUCCCCGUAUUUGUCGCACCAGUCCUACGUGGACGAAAGCACGCGGGAGAGCCAUAGCCCUCACGGCAUCGUCGGCGCUGCCAAGCUUCGGAGGGGGUGGGGCGACGCCCUGGGCAUGCGUGACAAUUCGAGAAAGGACCAGUGGUUCCACAGGGACCCGCGCGGGCGCCGUCGAACGGCCGCCCAUCCCGACAUCGGCCCUGAUCGUGUCAAGGACCACCUGAUCGUACUCGGCGCCAAGAUCACUGGAGAGCCCAGCACCGUCGUGAUGGGACACCGCGCCGACGUCAAGUACCGGCGCCAGCAGUCGGCGCUGACGGCAGUUGCCCGCGCUCAGGGAUCUUUGAUCGCAGUAUUGGGCGGGGGCGGAGAUGUCCCGGACCCCGCCAUCGCGGCGCCUAGCCUGGCAAGGCGGGGCAGCCCGGGCACUCUGCAGGGGCAGCUUUCCCGCGAGAUGCUCGGG